AUUUAUCACGGCCUAUCAAACACAAAAAAAAAAAAACCAACAGUCUCUCUCUAAACCAGCAGUCCAAAGGUUACCCCUUUCCAGUUUUUGCUGUUUUCGAGGUCAUUUCCUUGGCACUCUCUUCGGUACUCUCUCUCUCUCUCUCUUACUUUCUGGAUUUAUAGAUGGAUUAUCACAAAUUAUAGACCUUUGAUUGUCAUCCUGCACUCUAGGAACCAGAAAGAACACAGCUUUAGUGAAGGAAAAAGAAAAUUGAUUGCUGUUAAAUUAUGUGCGUGUCUGUGCGUGUUGGAGCGAGAGUUCAGCUGGGUAGACUACAGAAUAUUAUUGCAAAAUUUGGAUUGACAAGGUAAAUUAUGUGUCUCUGUGUGUGUUGGAGCGAGAGUUCAGCUGGGUAGACUACAGAAUAUUAUUGCAAAAUUUUGGAUUGACAAGGCAUAAAAGAUGACUACACUAGAUGCAGCUAGAGCCGAACUUGCUCUUGCAGUUCUGUACCUGAACAAGGCUGAGGCCAGAGACAAGAUAUGCAGGGCAAUACAGUAUGGUUCAAAAUUCUUGAGUAAUGGAGAACCUGGAACUGCCCAAAAUGUUGACAAAUCAACUAGCUUGGCAAGAAAAGUUUUUCGCCUUUUCAAGUUCAUCAAUGAUCUGCAUGGUCUUAUUAGUCCAACUGCUCCAGGAACUCCUCUUCCGCUUGUUCUGCUAGGAAAGUCCAAAAAUGCAUUGCUGUCAACAUUUCUGUUUCUUGAUCAAAUUGUCUGGCUCGGUAGAACAGGUAUCUAUAAGAACAAGGAACGUGCUGAUCUGAUUGGCCAGAUCUCUCUUUUCUGUUGGAUGGGAUCCUCAAUUUGUACCACUUUGGUUGAGCUUGGGGAGAUAGGAAGGAUUUCUGGACAACUUAAAAAGUUAGAGAAGGAUCUGAAGAACAGUGAGAAGUAUCAAAAUGAACAAUACCGUGCUAAACUCAAGAAGUCAAAUGAGAGAUCGCUGGCCCUGGUUAAAGCAGCAUUGGACACAGUGGUAGCAGUUGGGUUGCUUCAGUUGGCACCUAAGAAAGUUACUCCUCGUGUUACCGGAGCCUUGGGAUUUACUACUUCUCUGAUCUCAUGUUAUCAGUUGCUCCCAGCACCGGUGAAGUCCAAGGUACCCUAAAGAUCGAAGUCCUGUUUGCUCGUUGUGCAUCAGUGUCCGUAUUAUAAUUGUAGUAUUUGUUAGUGCAAACGUUUGAGCAAUUUGAACACCUUCACCAUUACUUCGUUAACGUCCAUAAUGCUCUGUGCAAUAGUAAUAAAUUAAAUAAUAUAUGUUUUUUCAUUUACAUGGAUAACGAAGUAGUCGUUUGACAAUUGUAUUUGCUGAAACCUCAGCAGCAUGCUUUCGUUAGGGUUUA